CUUCCUCCGCCCACUUCGGCCGGGGGGGAAGAAGCAAUUUCAUCAUCUUAUCAUCCCAUUCAGAUAAAGCAUUGAAGAAAGAAAAAGGAGGAGAAAAAGAAUAAGAAGAGGAGGAGAAGAAGGAAGAUAAACAUGGAGAGACGUGCCCUGGUGACAAGGAUCGCGGCUCUGGUUGCCGUCCUCCUCCUCGCGACCCCUGCCGCCGCCAAGCUCACCGCCACCUACUACCAGAAGACGUGCCCCAAGGCGGAGCAGAUCGUGUCGGAGGUGGUGACGACCAAGCAGAUCACCACCCCCAUCACAGCCGCCGGCGCCCUCCGCCUCUUCUUCCACGACUGCUUCGCCGGCGGCUGCGACGCCUCCGUGCUCGUGUCGACCAACGCCUUCAACCGCGCGGAGCGCGACGCCGACGACAACGUCUCUCUCCCCGGGGACGGCUUCGACGUCGUCAUCCGCGCCAAGACAGCCCUCGAGCUUCAGUGCCCCGGCGUGGUCUCCUGCGCCGACGUCCUCGCCCUCGCCACCCGCGAGCUCGUCAUCAUGCUGGGCGGGCCUUUCUACCACGUCCGCCUCGGCCGCAAGGACGCCCUCAACUCCACCGCCGCCUCCGUCGAGGGCCAACUCCCCGGCCCCAACAUGACCGUGGACCAGCUCAUCUCCCUCUUCGCUCAGAAGAGCUUCACCGCACAGGAGCUGGUGGCCCUCUCCGGCGCCCACACCGUCGGCUUCUCGCACUGCGACCAGUUCGCGUCGCGCAUCUACGGCUACGACGGCCGCAACCAGAACGCCUACGACCCGGCGAUGAACCCGCAGUUCGCGCAGGCGCUGCAGAAGGCGUGUGCCAACUACACCACGGACCCGACCAUCGCCGCCUUCAACGACGUGAUGACGCCGGGCAAGUUCGACAACCUGUACUACCAGAACCUGCUGCGGGGGCUGGGCCUACUGGCGUCGGACCAGGCGCUGGCGGCGCACCCGCGGACGAAGCCCUUCGUGCAGCUCUACGCCGCCAACCAGACCGCUUUUUUCACGGACUUCGCGCACGCCAUGGAGAAGCUCAGCGUGCUUGGGGUGAAGACGGGCCGCAAAGGCGAGGUCCGGCGACGCUGCGACGCGUUCAACAACCUCUCCACCUAAACAACGAAAGCUUUCAUCAAGACUCGACCGUGGAUUAUGUCGUCCAUCGUCGUCGUAGUUUAGGCAUGGAGAGAUGCAUGUAAUCUCCAUGCCCCAAGCUCUACCACAUACAUUUAUAUAUAGACUAUAUAUGAUAACACUUCAUGAAUUUUUGAGCUUCUCAUAUAUGUUACCAAAUCAUGUCUCUUCAUGAGUGGGAAGAUGGAUGGAUUCUUCAUGCCCUUUUAUAUUCAUUAUCAUGGAGAUGAGAAAGAUGCGAGAAUAAUAUAUGUAACGUACGGAAUUGAACCAUGUCCCGACCCCAGAAGAUGUGAACCGUCGAUUCUAUCAGACUAUUGGCGUUGACAAGAUUGACGGUCAAGAUCUUCGGAAAUUACGAGCCGGCCGUCUAAGUUCAGAUUUCGUGUAAAAACAGGAAACAUGGAAACGUACCCGGUUUUCACCCUCCAAUCGCUUUGUUUCGUGACGGGCCCAGACGUUAA